AUGACAAAAAGGGUAUUUCUCUGGACUGCUCCAAGAAGCGUCUCAACUGCAUUCGAGCGCUCAUUCCGGGAGCUAAAGAACAGCAAGAUUUUUCACGAGCCUUACUGUUGUGCUUACUACUUUGGGCCGCAGCGACAAAGCAGUCGGUAUGAGAACGAGGCUCCCGAUGAAGUGCACAAUUACAAGGCCAUCGGCGAAAACCUACUAAAAGAAUAUGACGGUAUUGACUUGGUCUUCGUAAAAGAUAUGGCAUACGGCGUUGAAAAUCAUUUCAACGAGUUACUCGGUGACGGAAUGAGCAGCUUCCAGCACACAUUCCUCAUACGCGACCCAAAGAAAGCAGUACCAUCACUGCACGCUGCAUCAGUGAACAAACAGCUAACGGGAUGGGACUACUUUGACCCAAAGGAAAGUGGCUUCAGGCAAAUGUAUGAGCUGUACAUGUUUGUUGUCAAGCACAUAGACAAAUGCCCUGUCAUAGUUGAUGCAGAUGAUUUGUUGAAUGACCCUGAAGGUAUAAUGCAGGAAUAUUGUGAAAGGAUUGGCGCUAGGUUUGAAAAGGAAAUGCUGGAAUGGGAGCCAAACCCAAUGCCAGAUUGGGAAAGAUGUGUAAGGUGGCACGAAAACGUACUGAAAAGCUCAGGAUUUCAAAAAAAGAAUCCCAACAAUUUCAAGAUCGAUGCUUCAAGAAAAGGCGAAGAGAAAUUACCAAAUGUAAUUAUUCAAACGAUUAAGAAUUGCAUGCCAUUCUACGAAGGAUUACAUAAGAAGAGAAUACAGGUGAGCACCGCCAAAGGUCACAAAAGUAGUUUUGGGAAUAUCGACGUAUAA